AUCUGUUCCCCCUUUUCUCAGACUGGCUGGGUGCCCCUCCACCCGCGCUUCCCUUCCUCCUCCUCCUCCUCCUCGCGGGCUCUUUCUUCCCUCUCCCCUCCCCCAGCAUGCCUCCCGGCGUGCUUCCCUUCCCCCCGCCUCUCGGCCCCGCACUCUCCCCUCCCCCGCCUGCUGCCUUGUGACACAUCCUGGGCCCUCCCGGAGGCCGUAGCCGCGGCUGGGCGGCACUGCUGGCCACCCCCUCCUCCCGAGCCGCAACCCAGCUCAACCUGCGGCGGCCGCGGCCCUGCUGCUGCUGCAGUCAUGGCUGCUGACGGGGUGGACGAACGUUCGCCUCUGCUGUCAGCAUCCCACUCGGGAAAUGUCACUCCCACAGCCCCGCCGUACUUGCAGGACGGCAGCCCAAAAGCUGAACUCCCACCUCCGUAUACAGCCAUUGCCAGUCCGGGAGCCAGUGGGGUUCCCGUGAUCAACUGUCGCGUGUGCCAAUCACUCAUCAACUUGGAUGGUAAACUUCACCAGCAUGUGGUUAAGUGCACAGUUUGCAAUGAAGCUACGCCAAUCAAAACCCCCCCAACAGGGAAGAAAUAUGUUAGAUGCCCUUGUAAUUGUCUCCUCAUAUGUAAGGACACAUCUCGGCGAAUAGGAUGUCCGAGACCCAACUGUCGACGCAUAAUUAACCUUGGCCCCGUAAUGCUCAUUUCUGAAGAACAACCGACUCAACCUGCAUUGCCAAUCCAGCCGGAAGGUACAAGGGUUGUGUGUGGGCACUGCGGAAACACAUUCCUGUGGAUGGAACUGAGGUUCAACACUCUGGCAAAAUGCCCACACUGCAAAAAAAUCUCUUCAGUAGGUAGUGCACUUCCCCGGAGACGCUGCUGUGCGUAUGUCACCAUUGGAAUGAUAUGCAUUUUCAUUGGAGUUGGACUAACUGUUGGCACACAAGAUUUUUCAAGGCGAUUUCAUGCAACCUACGUUUCUUGGGCACUUGCUUAUCUCAUAGGUUUGAUUUGCCUUAUCCGAGCUUGUUACUGGGGUGCAAUAAGGGUCAGUUAUCCUGAACACAGUUUUGCUUAAAUCUACCCCUGAAUCCUUGAUGCAGGUGAGAGUGUCCAGUAGUUCUUGAUAAGCUCUUUUGGACACAUCACAUCAUUUAUCCUAGUGGAUUCCAUCCUGCUUUGUAUAAUAGUUUCAAGACUUUGUGAGUCUUUCCUGAACAGAUGCUCACUACAGUACAUUAUAUGCAAGUUCAUUUUGCUGCUAGGUUAUCAAACUUGGAAAAAUAAAGUGCGUCUUUGUUCUUUUAAAUCAAUCAAAGAUAUUUUUGGAUUUGUCAUCACAUGUUAUGUCUAAUAUCAGUUUUUUAUUAUGUUUAAAACAGUUAUUCCAUUACUUGCUGAUCUGUGACUAUUCCCAAGAAGUGUUUAUAAAUGUUUCUACAAUAGGUUCACAUUUUUACUUACAUUUUCAACAGAAUUGCUUGCUUUAAAAAUCUAAGCAAUAUGCAUUUUUGCUUGAACUGCUUACUGUAAUUUUAACCUAAGAUUAUAGUUACCUUAUUCAGGAAAGAAAAAAACUGAGUGUACUUUCCAAAACUUGACAUUCUUGUCAGAGAAGCAUUUCUAGUUAUUAUAUGCUUGUUUUUUGUUGUUUGUAGAAAGAUACAAUAUUUUGGUAGUAAAUUAAAAUACUUAGGGUGAACAUAUUUCUCCACAGUUGGAUAUGUCAGAUAAGUGUCUUUUCUCUAAGAUUAUAGAGCUUUUGCCUUUCAUUUUUGUCUUUUUAUUUAGCAUUUACAAAAAUCUGGUCUGGAUUUAUGGAAUUUAUUGUUGAUCUGCUGGGUGUAUCCCUUUAUAGACUGGAGGAACUAUUUCAGAAAACAUGUUUUAUAAGACUUCAUCAUCUCAUCAAAGACAUAUUUACAUGGUGUUGCACUCCCUUUCCUUAGACCAUGGCAAAUUUUUGAGAUACUUGUUCAGCCAUUUCUCUGUGAAGAGAACUAUGGCGUCUUGCAUUAGCUGAAAUGUUAGAAUUAGAUUCUCUUACCAUUUCUCAGCUGACCAGAUAUGAAUGACUCAAUUUAUUCAAGAAAAUGGAUCAGAGAUAAAGAUCUUCACGGCUUUCUAAAACUUCGCUUGGGAUUCAUGGAGUCAGCUCUUGCACUGCCCGUUUUUGCAGUAUUGGAGGAAUUAUUCAAUCAAGAGUUAAUGGUCUAAACUCUUUCAAAUUGUAGAAUUAGACAAUGAGAUGACCUGAGUAAAUUAGUAUGUGAUUCCAAAGGACAAGACUAAUAUUUUAAAUUAUUUAUGUUCCUGAUUAAUAUAAAAAUGUACUUACAGUGAAGUUUGGAGUGAAAUACAUGUAAACCUCAAGGAGAAAAUGAAAUGAUAAAUGUAUAAAUGCAGUAGCUCAGGAUUAUAUGUAUCUUUGAAAAUACACUAAUAAAGAUUAUUAUUCAAAAA